AUGGGUAUCCAACGUGGAAGCCAAGCAGCACAGGCUGGUCCCUCCAGCACUACCAACCCGUUGGUGCAAGAGUUUGGAUCACUUCAAGUCCUUGACGACUUGAUCCGCUUACGAGCUGCCGAUGUCGUUCAAUAUCCCAUUCUCGCCUAUCCACGUUUCGAAAACGAUGCAGCUUCUUAUGAAUAUUACACUGGGAAACACUUGGAUACUAUGAUAAACCAAGCUGUCAUCAGGCUCAUGGAUGAUGGAUUCAAACAGGCAACGCGAAGUUCAUCUAUCGUGGCACUUCUUACUUUAUCAGACCUUAACAUGGUGAUCACUUUUUUUGCCCUAAGUCGACUGGGGUAUACUGUGAUGAUGCUAUCACCCCGACUCUCGAGUGAAGCCUGCGUUUCAUUGCUGGAAACCGUCAACUGCGAGUCAAUCAUAUAUGGCCAAUCCCCCAAUAUCCGCUCAACGUUGGGCGAGAUCCUUUGCCGGAAGCUGGUGACCUGUCGCCCAAUGCUAUCAUGCUCUUCAUACAACAAACUACGACCGCAAUCGCUCGCUCUGUAUCGCAAUCGAAACCCUGAAAAAAUUGCCUUGAUUCUUCAUUCCUCGGGAUCAACAGGCACGCCGAAACCGCUCUUCCUCACACACAGAGCAAUCAUGACUCACCCGCUGAGAGGUCCUGGCUUCACCUCUUUUAAUACCCUGCCAUGGUAUCAUCUCCAUGGGCUGUCCACCGCAUUGCAGGCAAUGUGGAUGAGGAAGACAGCCUAUAUGUGGAAUGCUGCAUUGCCUUUAACUGCAGAACUCGUUGCUAGGGCCCUCGAAGAAGCCAGACCAGAGUCAGUGGCGGCAGUUCCAUAUAUGCUCCAACUUUUGAUUGACGAUCCCCGCGGUAUCACAUUGUUAAGGCAAUGCAAGUUGGUUACCUAUGGAGGUGCACCCUGUCCGGAUGAGCUGGGCGAUCGUCUAGUGAAUGAAGGAGUACACUUUGGAGGGUCAUUCGGCCUCACCGAGGCCGGUCUUGUUGCAGAAUCGAUCUCACGACCAAAGGGUGACCCUUAUUGGAAUUAUCUUCAAUUCUUUGACAAUAUCAGAUCAUAUGUCUGGAUGAAGCCUAUCUCUGCAUCAGACUCGCUCUUUGAGUGUGUCUAUCUUGCUGGCCAUCCAGCACUAACAACCUCAAAUUCAAACGAGCCGCCAGGAUCCUUCCAUUCGAAAGAUGUUUUCACCCCUCAUCCUACAAUUGCAGGAAGGUGGAAAUAUAUCUCACGGUUGGAUGAUCGAAUCAAUCUAGUGAAUGGAGAAAAGGUUCUACCACUCCCGAUCGAAGGUCACAUCAAGCAGCACCCUUUUAUCCAUGACGCAAUUGUAGUCGGGGUAGGCAAAGCUGCUCCAGGGCUAUUGAUUUUGCGAGCGGACGAACCUGAAGCCAACCGUCUCUCAGACGACAAAUACCUCCAUGCAAUCUGGCCAACAAUCCAAGAGGCCAAUGCUCAGGCAGAGGCCUUCUCUCAAAUCUCCCGCAAUCUGGUCGCCAUAUUACCACACGACGCCAAGUUUUCUCGAACGGACAAAGGGUCCAUGAUCCGAGCACAGGUCUAUCAAGAACACAACGAACUUAUCGAAAGCCUUUAUGCUGAGAAAGAGCAAACUUGUGGGAAUCUUCAGCUUGACGUUGUGGAGACUGAGCGCAUUCUUGUUCAACUAGCCCAGCAAGAACUUGGAAUACCCCUCUCUGGUGUCGAUGCCAAUUUCUUCGCUGAGGGUGUUGAUAGUCUCAAGGCAAUCCACUUCCGACGUCUCAUUCUUCAGCAUUUCAAGUUUGAGAUGAGCCAGACUCCUGGUCCGAAUGUCAUAUUUGAAUCGGGCUGUAUAUCACAGUUGGCUCGGAAUAUCUGUGCAUUACAACAGGGCGAGAUGUUUGAAGAGGGUGACAGUGAUGUAUCUGUGAUGACCGAAUUGAUCGAGAAGUACUCCAUGUUUGAGAGGCACAUACCGCAACCACAUGCUUUCUCAGGGCCGAACAGUGUGCUUCUAACAGGAGCCACCGGGUCAAUUGGGGCCCACGUCUUGUACGAGCUGCUCAAUGAUGACUCUAUCUCCACGGUGUACUGUCUCACACGGCGAGAAUCACCACUGGAAGAGAUAUUCCGCACUCUAAGGGAUAAAGACCUUCCCAUAUCUCCCGAACAGAGAACAAAGAUAGUCGCCUUCAACGGCCGUAUCGACGAGCCCGAUUUCGGUCUAUCUCUGGAUGAGAGUACAAUUACACACAUGCUCGACACGGUCUCGCUCAUUAUUCACACAGCAUGGCCAGUGAACUUCAAUCUCCCCCUGACCGAAUUCGAGCCGCAUAUCCAGGGACUAUACAAUCUGAUCCAAUUCUCCCUCUCAGUGCAGAGACGCGAGCCUGCGGUCUUGAUGUUCUGUUCAUCAGUCUCGACCGCGCUCGGAUCUCAAUCAGCCGAGAUCCUCGAAGAACCAGUCGACUUACACAGCGCAUUUAUGGGCUACGGGCAGUCCAAGUUGAUCGGGGAGCGGAUUGUGAGCAAUGCGCGACGCAGCGGAGCAAGGGCUUAUUCUCUUCGGAUUGGGCAGGUCUCAGGCCACUCGAAGAAAGGCCUUUGGAAUGACACCGAAGCUCUGCCGUUGAUGAUCCGGUCAGCGCUGACACUGGGGGGCACUGCCUGA